AUGACUUUAUGGAAAAAGGUAGAAGAAUUUGCAUAUAAGAGGGUAGAUGGAGAAGAUAAGAGUGCAGAAAAUAACAAUGUAGAAGAUGAGAGUGAAGAAUAUCAAAGUGCAAAGGAAGAAAAUGACAGUGUAAAAGAUGAGUUAGAGAAUUUUGAAGGAAGUGACUAUGAAAUAGAGCAAGGGCAAGUUGAUGAUCAGGAAUUUUUGAAAUAUACGGAUCCAGAAGUUGAGUAUACAGAUGCUGGAGGGAUUGAAGGUAAUGUAGGUGAAUCUGUUAGGCCUAAUCCUCCACCUGAGUUGCCAUCUCCUUUGUGGCUUUGUAAAACUUUGUUAUGUAAAGAGGAUUUCAAAGAUGCAGUGAAGGCUUAUGCUAUACAGUUUAGAAAAGAGCUGAAGUUUAAGAAGAAUGACAAGGUAAUGUGUGUAGCUAUAUGUACACAAUCUGAUUGUAAGUGGCAAGCAACGUGUAGAAAUGAUGUUGAUGAAUCAUUUUGGAGGGUGAUAGUUUUGAAUGAUGUGCAUGCCAAUUGUCCAUGGGUGAAUGACAACAAAUUCAUAACUGCAGCAUUAGUUGCAAAGAGAUGGAAAAAACAAAUUGGUGGAAAUAGUAAUUGGAAGAUGGUUGAAUUUAGAGAGACAAUGUGUACUAAUGAACAUCAUUCCCUAAGUAUAAGGCAAGCCUACAAGGCAUUGGAUUUUGCUAAGCGUGAAAUAAAGGGUGAUCUUGAAGAUAAUUUCAAUAAAAUCUGGAGUUAUUGUUUGGAGAUCCAACAAACUAAUCCAAAGACCACUUGCCUUGUAGAGCUAUCUGAUUUAGAAGAUGGUUUCAAGUACCGUAGGCCAAUUAUAGGGUCGGAUAGUUGUCAUAUAAAGGAUAAAGUUAGGGGCAUGAUGCUUACUGCCAUUGGUAUUGAUGGGAAUGAAGGCAUAUUCCAUAUUGCUUAUGCCAUAGUUGAAGGGGAGAAUAAAGAUUCUUGGUGCUAG